AUGGCUACAUAUCGUCCCGCUAUAAUGUCGGCCUCGCUCGGCCGAGCUUGGCUACACAAUUUUAGCGACAAGAUUCAGCAAGCUUCGUCUCAGGGCUUCCAAGGUAUUGAAAUCUUCUACGAGGAUCUCGAAUACGAGGCAAAGAGGUUACAUGAUGUCGAAACGCCCAGUGACGAUCAGAUACUGUCGGCAGCAUCAAGUAUUCGACAGCUUCUCGAUGGCUUGAACAUGACAGUCAUUGGCCUACAACCCUUCUUAUUCUACGAGGGUCUAAAGGAUCGUGAGCAGCACGCUCGUCUGAUCCAGAAGAUUAAGUUAUGGUUCAAGAUUGUUGAGCGACUGGGAACCAACACAAUCCAGAUCCCUGCCAACUUUCUUCCUGCCGACCAGUUGACUGGGGACAUGGAUGUCAUCGUCGGCGAUCUAGUCGAGCUGGCCGAUCUCGGACAGCAGCAAAAUCCUCCGGUUCGCUUCGCAUAUGAAGCUCUAUGCUGGAGCACCCAUGUCGAUACUUGGGAGAAGUCUUGGGAGGUAGCUCAAAAGGUCAACAGGCCCAACUUUGGUCUAUGUCUAGACACAUUCAAUAUCGCUGGUCGUGUCUGGGGUGAUCCUGCGUCUCCAACGGGAAAGACCCCGAACGCAGACCAAGACUUGAAAGAAUCUCUGGAAAGGCUUGUUCGAGACGUCACCUUGGAUAAGGUCUUCUAUAUCCAGGUUGUCGAUGCCGAGAGAAUGGAGACACCUUUGGUUGAGGGCCAUCCAUUCCACAUUGAUGGAAACCCCGCUAGAAUGAACUGGUCAAGGAAUGCCAGAGCCUUUAUGUACGAGGAAGACCGCGGCGCCUAUCUACCUGUAGAGAAGAUUGCCAAGGUGCUAAUUGAGGAUAUGGGAUACAAGGGCUAUAUCUCCAUGGAGCUCUUCUCGAGAACAAUGUCCGAAGAAGGGAAGGAUGUGCCGCAACAGCACGCUGAGAGAGGUAUCAAGGCUUGGAACAAGCUUGUUGAGCGACUCGGAUUGAACUAG